GUUAUAAUGAUAGUCAUGUGACCAAUGUUUGCCUAGCGACCACAGAGACAAACAAACAUGUAUAGCAUGCAUAAAGCUGAUUGAGCAACUCAGUACAAGUUGUGCACUGUACAAAGUUUGAGGUCAGUUAAAAGAACGUGAACCGUAUUUCCAAUCUACAAACAAUCUUAUCGAAUAAAGACACACGAAAGCAAUGGAUCUAUCUCCAUCGACACAAGGGGAACAAAAGAAUGACCAGCCACAACAAGUGAGCAGUCACAAUCCGUCAGCUCAACACACUAGUUGGCCACCAACUGUUUACGGCCCACACUCCUCUCACACUAUAACAGAACAAUGUAUCACUGUUUCAGAUACCACUCAGAUGACUACUAGCACUUAUUCACAGUCAAGUGAUCAUUUCCAAUCGUCCAUUAGCGCUAACACUGAACAAAUAGAGGCUAGCCCUCAAGUUUAUGACUGUCUGAGUGCUCCACCAGCUAAAAGGGUGUGUUUCGAUAUCCCUCAACAGCUCAAUUCUAUAUCGGCUGCAUCCAUAUAUCCGUUGUCUACCGGAACCAGAAGCACUAUAGCAAGUUCAAGUCAGACAACAACACCGGCUGGUAGUCAAUACUUAGACUUCAGUGAUGUCUACAGAACACUUUAUAAAGCCAGUCCAAAAUGGUACAACCUAGGCCUAGCACUGGGCCUUGAUGCAGGUACCCUCAAUAUCAUAGAACACGAUAAUAAAGAGUGUGAAACCUGCUUAAGGAAAGCCCUAGACCAACGACAUGCUAUCAGAAGAUUGCCAUGGGAAGAAAUAGUCCAAGCUUUAAGACAACCUACUGUUCAAAUGAACACAUUGGCUGACGAAAUACAAAUUACCUUGAUAAAAAGCCUAUCUCGCUGUAGCUCACAGCCUAGCAGUGACCCCACUCCAGAAUGUGUUGUGAGGUACACCAGCUUCCUAGACAGGUACAAACAGAUGUCAGACAAUAGGCCACCACCAUUUAAUAUCCCUCAACAGUUGGCAAGUAGCUCACGUCAGUACGAGAGUGAUGACAUGUGUAUACAGCAGUAUGAAAGUGAUAACUCACUGCAAUCUGACGAUGAAUAUUGUGAGACUGAUCAUCACACAAGAGAACAACAUUCUAUAGCAAGUUCAAGUCAAACAACACCAGCUACAUGUAGUAACCAAUUUUUAGACCUCAACGAAAUGUACACUGAACUUUUCGAAGCCCGUUCAAAAUGGUACAACCUAGGCCUAGCACUGGGCCUUGAUGCAGGUACACUCGAUAGCAUUGACAUUGAACAUAAGAAAUGCAAAACCUGUUUAAGGGAAGUCCUAAAACAACGAGAUAACACCACAAAGUGA